CCUCGUUCUUAAAACGUUUUGUAUGAAUGAAUAGUAAGGCAUGAUUAGGUGAAAUAUUGAUAAAGUCUUUUUAGGUGUUCUCUCUCCUAGGGCGAUAAGGUAACUGCUUUUUCUUUCCAUCUCCGUUGUCUCUCUAGACGGCGGAACCCGAUUCCGGUUCUUUUUCCAGGCUCUCCCCUUCUCAUGGAAAUACAAAAUCCUCAAAAAAAAAUUCCCCAGCAGAUCAUCGCUAGCCACUCUUUCAAAAAACAAAUUGAAGGGUGAGUCUUCAUCGCCUGGAUCUGCGUCUACAGAUUUGGGAAGGUCGAGUCCACCGCGUUCCCCGUUAGCUAGUGCCUCAGAUGAAUCGCCGCCUUCAACGUCAGCCACUACACAAGUAUCUGGUGAAGCCGAGGCUUCAAAUCUUUUGGAUCUGCCUCCUCAACCUGCAGUCGCGAGUGCUGUCGUCACACCACCCCUGACGCUUAUGACCUCCCUAAUGACUGAUGGUAAGCUACAACCUGUUGUACCUGCUAUCAAUGCCGCUGCUACGGUUCCACCCCUAAUCGAACCAGAAUUAUCUUCAAACCCGCUAGGUGCUGCGACUGCUGAGAAAUCAGCGAACCAAGGAAAAGAGAAUACAAAGAAAGAUCCCGACUGGCUAAAGCUUUUUAAGGGCUCCUCCAGACCAUUGUCAAAGAAAGGAAAAGCAUUCACUCUACCAUCGAGUGAGGAAUGUGUCGAGAUCCCCGACACGGUUAUUGAGAAGCAUAAAAAAUCGUGGGAAUCGUUUAUCAUCGGGCAAUUCUAUGCGGACCCUCCAUCACAAGGCACAAUUCACUCAAUUGUGAAUGGAAUUUGGAGCCGCCAUUUCCGCAAUAUCUCAGUAUAAAAAAUGGAUGGGAAUGCUUUCCUGUUUAGGAUUCCUAACGUUCUUACUAUAAACAGAGUGAUAAAUCAAAGACUAUGGAAUUUUGAAGGGCAAACCAUGUUUGUAGCUAAGUGGGAACCGGGGGUUGUUCCUGUAAAACCCGAGCUCUCAUCAGUUCCUAUCUGGUUGGAGCUUAGAGAUGAACCGAGAGGUGAUCCAAAAUUGCUGCAUCCGGACCCAGUUAAGAAGACAAAUCUGGAGGUUGCAAAGGUUUUCACAAUUAUCGACCUAAGGAAGCCACUCCCAGAGGCUGUCAACGUCAAAUUCCAAUGUGGGGAGAUCCGUCGAGUCAGAGUUUCCAGUCCAUGGAUGCCACCCAUCUGUUCACACUGUAAAGAGAUGGGUCACACCAUAAAGAAAUGCACCAAAGUCUCUCUUUUUUGUUCAGGCUGCGACUCCUCCUCCCAUUCCACCCAAAACUGUCCCAGGAUAAGUAAAAAGAAAAAACAGCCUCAAUAUAGACUAAAACCAGCGUUUCAAAGUCAACCUUCAGUAGUGAUCCCCACAGGUUCACAACUGGCUCCAGCUCAAGCUCUUGGUAAAGUGACUCAGGUGAAGAGCUCUGGUAUGUUAUCAGUCCCAGCAUCGAAUCUUUUGGUGGGAGAAUCGAGUGGUACAAAAGGUAAUGAUGUCUUCUCAGGGGUCUCAGCAGCGGAACCAGACUCCUCAGAUGCCUAUUCUAGUGACUAUGUCUCUAGCGAUGGUGGAGGAUAUGUGGACGAGGACUACGGGUUCACGGCAGUGGUGUCUAAAAAACAUCGCAGACGUGAGCGAGGCACGGGCCUCAAAAUCAACUCAGAUUUAUGUGUAUAGAAACUUUUUGUCGGAAUGUCCGAGGCUUUAAUAAGCUUUCUCACCGGACCGGUUUUAAAAAAUGGCUUCGAAGAAAUAAGUCCCUUUUUGGUAGCCUGCUAGAAACUCGUGUACAGCGGUCUAAGAGAGAUAAGUUUGUCAGUGACAUUAUGCCUGGCUGGUUUUGUGAUGAUAAUUAUGCGUUUUCUGACCUUGGCAAGAUCUGGAUUCUCUGGCACCCGUCUGUCAAGGUAUCCAUUAUUUCCAAGUUCUUACAAAUGGUUACAUGUGAAGUAAAGCUUCCUUCUCUUGAUCAUCCCUUUGUGGCUUCUUUUGUCUAAGCAUCCAACGAACCUUUUGUGAGAAAUUCCCUCUGGGAGGAGAUCAAAGAUUUAGCUCAGAGUCCUGCUGUUAUGCGCAAGCCUUGGCUAGUCAUGGGAGACUUCAACCAAAUUCUUCACCCAUUUGAACAUUCGGCUUCCGAUGGUUUUACUGUUGACAGAGGUCAAAAGAUAAAGCCCACUGAACAGCCCAGUCUACAGUCGUGGGAAUCAGCACGCAGACCUCACGUGCUUGCCUAAGGUAGAACAAUGUUGUUGCUCUGUUUCAUAGCAUUGUUUUGACAUAAAAGGAAACGCAGGGAGACAAGAUUCAGAGUGCCAGACGGGUAUAGUAAGGAGAGAAGAGGUGUUGUUAUUUGAUGAACAAGUUUUGGAUCGUAGUGGCUUCUUAUUUUGUUGAUAUAACGACAGAGAACUUAAUUUAGUGAUUUUUUUGGGUAUAUCAUAAAUUCAUAACCAUAUGAAUUAGGCCAUAAAGAUUCAUGCUUUAGUGCUCUAAACCUCACAUAAACUGAAAUGUAUUUUUAAUCCGAAAUGC